AUGCCUCCAGCUGUGGUUUCAAAUCGAGAGGAAGACUCUAUGAACAAUGAGCCUUCUUUGUCGGGUAAAACCAUAAUCGGUCUAAUUUAUCCACCACCAGAUAUUCGAACAAUCGUUGACAAAACAGCGGCAUUCGUAGCCAGAAAUGGAAUCGACUUCGAGAAUAAAAUUCGUGAAAAAGAAGCACAAAAUCCAAGAUUCAACUUUUUGUCGAUGACAGAUCCUUAUAAUGCAUACUACAAAAAGAAAGUACACGAUUUUGCGGAAGGAAAAACUGAAGCACCAAAAGCAGCUUUGCCAACAGCAGUUAAAGAACAUGUGAAAAAGACUGAGUUUAUUCCGAAAAAUCCGCCGCCAGCUUUCGAAUUCUGUGCAGAUCCAUCAACUAUCAAUGCAUAUGAUUUGUAAGUAUCUGUGAAAUAUUUGUUUGUUUUCAAAUUUAAAUUUUUAUUUUCAGAGAUCUCAUUAGAGCAACAGCUUUAUUCGUAGCUAGAAAUGGACGACAAUUUUUGACACAACUUAUGACAAGAGAAGCCAGAAAUUAUCAAUUCGAUUUUCUCAAACCAGCUCAUUCAAGCUUCACAUAUUUUACAAAACUCGUUGAGCAAUAUACAAAAGUAAUUGUUCCGGCAAGUAAUAUUAUUGAUCAAUUAAAAGAAGAAGCGACAAAUAGAAAGAAAUUGAUGGAAGAUGUAAAAUAUCGAGUUGCAUGGGAGAAACAUCAAAAAAGUCUGAAAGAUAAAGAAGAAGCUGAGGCACAAAGAGAAAGUAAAGAAUAUGCACAAAUUGAUUGGCAUGAUUUUGUUGUUGUUCAAACUGUUGAUUUUCAACCAGGAGAUUCUUGUAAGUUUCGAAGCGAAUUAUAUGUUUUUCUUACAUCUACAUUUUUAUAGCAAAACUUCCACCACUUUGCACUCCAAAUGAUGUUGGUGCAAGAAUUUUACUAGAAGCUCGAAGUGAACAACAAAAAGCUGCUGCAGAAAUGCAAGAAAUGGAUAUGGAAGAUUCAGACAGCGAAGGUGAAGAGGAACAAAUGGAAAAAGAAGAUGUUCCAUUCACAGCUCCACUUCCACCAACAAAACAAAAAGAUGUUAUUGUUAGAGAUUAUGAUCCGAAAAAAGCAGCAGCUCAAAGAGGAGCAAAACCAUCAGAAAAAUGGCUUAUUUCACCACUUACUGGAGAACGAAUUCCAUCUGAUAAAUUGGAUGAACAUGUUCGAUAUAAUACAGUCGAUUCACAAUACAAAGAAGAUCGAGAAAGACAUUUGGGAGAACGAAGUGCUGAAGAACCAGUAUUGGCAGUUGGUGCAGAUAUUUCGAGAAAUUUGGGACAAUUCGCUGAACGUCGUACUGAUAUUUUCGGAGUUGGUGGAGAACAAACACAAAUUGGUAAAAAAUUGGGUGAAGAUGAAGAUAGUUCAAGUGGACAAUCAAAUAAAUUGAUUUGGGAUGGAACUGAAGAAACACGUGAAAUGAUUACACGUGCUGCACAAAAUCAAGUUACAAUUGAUCAUCGACAAGAUCCGAGUAAAGAUAAAAUUGGAGCACAUGUUCCAAAAAGUACAACAACAAGUGGAAAUAUUACAAUCACUCAAGGAAUUGCUUCGAAAAAUACACAUGUAAGUUAUUUUUCUUAGAGGCUUUUAUUUUUCAAAUUUUUUUUCAGAAAUUGCCGCCAAAUGAAGAUCCACAAGCAAAACGGAAGAAAACCGAAGAAGAAGAAGAAAUAUGA